CUCAAGACUCCCUUCUCCUACUCCAGAUGAGCGCGCCUCCUCGUCAGGGCGAGCAGAUUUGGAGCUGAAGGUGUUCUCUCGUUGCCAGAGAACUGCCAGUUUGGAUAGGAAAACAAGAAAGGAAGAAACCCCUCUCGCUGAAGAUAAUAUCCGAGUGGCUGCCGGUGAGAGCGGAGGAAGCAUUUAAAGAGACACUGCAGCAGGCGUUGUACAGCUAAAGCAUCUGCCUGGCCGCCCAAGCGUCGUCACGAUGACCGAGAGUCGAAGGGAAGCGUUGGCGGCGGCGGCGGCCGAGCCCACCACCACCUUCUCCUCCACGGCCGGCUCCAACACCACCAACGUGGCCGGCACGGGCGCCGGAGAGAAGGACGAGGCCUUCUCCAAGCUGAAGGACAAGUUCAUGAACGAGCUGAACAAAAUACCGUUGCCGUCAUGGGCCGUCGGCUCCAUCGCCUUCGUGGCCAUCAUCCUGGUGUUGGCGUGCUGCUUCUGCGUCUGCAAAAAAUGGAUAUUCAAGAAGAAAAACAAAAAGAAGGGCAAAGACAAGGGCAAAAACGCCAUCAACAUGAUGGACGUCCAGGACGGAGCCAAGACCGAGGAUGAGGAGGAUGCGGAGACAGGGCUGACUGAAAUGGAGAAAGAGGAAGAGCCCAAGGAGGACCAGAAACUGGGCAAAUUACAAUACUCCCUGGAUUACAAUUUCACCGAGAAUACGCUCAUGGUUGGGAUCAUCCAGGCCGCAGAGCUGCCGGCUAUGGACAUGGGUGGCACGUCCGACCCAUACGUGAAGGUCUACCUGCUGCCUGACAAGAAGAAGAAGUUUGAGACCAAGGUCCACAGGAAGACCCUCAAUCCCGUCUUCAAUGAGCAGUUCAUUUUCAAGGUUCCCUACGUGGAGCUCGGUGGGAAGACACUGAUAAUGACGGUGUACGACUUCGACCGCUUCUCCAAACACGACGCCAUCGGCGACAUCAAGGUGCCCAUGAACAAGGUGGACUUCAGCCACGUGACGGAGGAGUGGCGGGAUCUGCUGAGCGCUGAGAAGGAGGAGCAAGAGAAGCUGGGCGAUAUCUGCUUCUCUCUGAGAUACGUUCCCACCGCCGGCAAGUUGACCGUGGUCAUCCUCGAGGCCAAAAACCUGAAGAAAAUGGACGUGGGAGGCUUGUCAGAUCCGUAUGCGAAGAUCCACCUGAUGCAAAACGGCAAGAGGCUGAAGAAGAAGAAGACGACAAUCAAGAAGAACACCCUCAACCCGUACUACAACGAGUCCUUUAGCUUUGAAGUCCCUUUUGAACAAAUCCAGAAAGUGCAAGUUGUUAUAACUGUUCUGGACUAUGACAAGAUUGGCAAGAACGAUGCUAUCGGCAAGGUGUUUGUGGGCCUCAACAGCUCGGGGACGGAGCUCCGCCACUGGUCCGACAUGCUGGCCAACCCCAGAAGACCCAUCGCCCAGUGGCAUGUGCUGAAGCCGGAGGAAGAGGUGGACUCUCAGCUCUCCACCAAGAAAUAGGCAGGGCCCUUUCAGCACCUGCCUUGUAGUACUCUUUAGCCAGUUUGUGUAAAUACCUCAGUGAUAUAUGGGUCCAUCCAUGUUCCCCUUACCUCUCCCCCUCCCCUCUCUUUACCCGGCCUCUCAGUCUCACUCGGCUUCACCGCUCCUAAUAUCACAAACAAUCCUAAUUGUUUAAACUUCCCGCGAUCUCUAUACCCUUCUACUUUUCCCCCCCUAUCAAAUUCUCUACUUCUUGCUUUCUCUUUUCUUUUCUUUUCUUCUUGGUUCCUCUCUGAUUCAGUAGUUGGGGUUUUCCAUCUCUGUGCCCUUCAACGCCCCAACCAAAUGCCCCCUUAUUUUAAGCAAUAUGAUCUGUAUAGAUAGCGCAUGACUGAAAGAGUUUAUUGUACCACAGUUGUAUAUAUAAGUAUGCAGGCAAAAAUUAUUUCUAGUUUAUGUGUUUGUAUGUUGUUACCCGUUUCCUAAUCUGUGUAUAUCUUGAUGUUUUUAUUAAGAUGUUCUAUUUUAAAUGAUGUAAAUGCAGAUAUAGAGGAAAGCCAAUAUUAUAUAUCCCAGGAUUAAAAAUUCUACCUUAUUACCUUAUUGCAUUCCAGAAAAAAAGGAGAAUUCCAACCUGCAAGACACUAUUGGAAAUAUAUUCACAUUAUAAAGGACAAUAUCUGGCUUCAAGUUUAGCAAAGUAUCAUCACGGAAAAGAUAGAUGAAUAUACACUCCAAACUCCAAAAUACAAGGCUAUUAACUACUAUGAUUCUGAGGGGGGAAAUGAUGCUUCUGGAAAUUAUACAAGCACAUGAUUUCUUACAAUGUUUUGUACUUAUUUCUCAAUCAGAGGACCUAUAUGUUUAGCACAGUUAGCAGAAACAAUAGUUAAUGCAAACCACUUCGCAUUUAUUUUAUCCUUAUUUGGCAGAAUAAGUGAAACAGGUCCUCGUUUUAUAGGCCAUUGUUCACUUAAACCGGCUUGUUUUCUUUUUGCAAAAAAGAGAAAAUACUGCCUCCAAAUAAAGACUUAUUUCUUAACCUUUAAAAAAUCCAACCCCAUGUGAAAAAAGCACCAAGCUGUAGCCAUUGUGUCCUUAAAGCUCGUUUAACAAUAUAUUUUGUUGACUGUUUACUUUGAACAGCCUUGUCGUUGUUGGAAGUACAGCGCAUUUAGGCCGGGGUCCGAUCUUCGAGAGGAAGUGAGGAAGAAGAAAAAAGAGUUGGGACUCUGGUUUUCAGAAGACUAUUUUUUAGAGCAAUUCAACGUCUUGACUAUUUUUCGUAAACUGCAUGAUUUUUUUUACAAUCUUUACUAAAGGCUGGGACCAGGGGGAGAUCUACUGACACCAGGGGCUGUCUCUUCUGAUACAAUCCCCUUGCCUUCAAUCAGAGGAGAGGAAAGAAAAACACAGAGUAAUGUCUAAACGUUGGGUCGAUGUAUAUCAUUAUACUGACCGAGUUCUAAACACUGCCAUUUUCAGAGGUGACUUAUAUAAAGAGCCUCUCUUCAUGCACACUCCCACUUGCUCGUGGUUGUAGCUUUGGUUUAUCGGGAACGAUGUCUUUGGCUGCAAUGGUGCCCUGAAUCGCAGUCUUUGCUUUGAGUUGCCUUCUCACAGUGACAAUAGAGCUAGCCAUGUUUUACUGCCAAUUGUAACUGUUAUGUGGCUGCUGUUUUGCACUGGAUGUAUUUGAAGUAGCUUGUUGACGACUUUUAAAAACAAUUGUUGGGAUAAUUGUUGAGCUGGCUUUAUUUCAGGACACCCGCCAGGGGGAGCCAGAAAACGAAAAAGAAAAGAAAGCAAUGAUGACAAACCACGUUUUCAGUUUAGUUUUCUCGUUGGCGCGAGGCGACACCGAGAGAUCGCGAAAUAACCGUAAAGUUAAUGGUCUGCGUAGACUCCAUCGUGUCCUUUACUUCGGGUCCAAUUAGCAAAGGAACGAGUUUGAAUCCAUGAAAACCAUGAAGUCUCUUAUCUUGGAGGAACCUCUUGCAUAUACUCGAUGCUUUAGCUACAGGAGGACUUUCUAAAUGUUUUCAAUGUUAUUGUGUAGUUGAUAGCACUAUUAUAAAAAAAGCUACUUGUCAUUCCAUAGGAGUCUCUGAGGACUGCUUUGUGUAUCACUGUGACUGCCGUGUGUGCUUAAAGAUGUAGAGUUAUCAGUAGCUAGCGAAACCAGUCGGUUCUGUUGUGAUGUCGUAGCGUUGACUGCCAUUUUCCCUUCUACACGCAGAGAGAGAGAAAGAAAAGGCGGAAAGAAAAGGCAGAAAGACAUUUUAUCUGGGCGCGAGUGGGUCGUUUCACACAGCAUUUUGUUGAGCACUGUGCAAUACUUGUAUGUUCAUUCCCGAGUGUUAACGUGGAUGGUGUUGCCCGAGGAGAAAAAAAAAGAUUCUAACCCUUGUGGACCACUCCCGUCCAGAGAGAUGUUCCUCCUUUCCAGUGAAAUGGUUUGGACACAGCACACGUAGGUACAGCUGACAGGUUGGAGAAACCUUUCGACCUCUGUUUAGGGUUCCCUCCCCUUUUUCGCAGGUUCUUCUUUUUUUCUUCUUUUUCUUGCACACAGGUCCAGCAUCAGAAGUUUCAGGGAGUAUUAGUUAAAUACCAAACAAGGCUCUACAUUUAAAUAUCCCCUGUGUAUAUAUUUAGAUAUUUGUGUCAAGAAAUGUAUAUCUAGAAUAAAUAUAAAGUAUCAAAAUAUCAUUUGAUCCAUCCAUCGUCCAUAUACUAUAUCUCAUCGUCAUAAUUUUCAUUUUCAUAACGGACUUUUUUUUUUCAUUUGUUAACUGCCCUAUUGAUUCAAAAUCCUCUUUUAUAUUUGAGAUGAAAACUCUGAAUGUACAGUAUGGACUGUGUUGUUGUCGAUUACUUUCAACGUGAGAUUAGGUGUUCUUUGCACAUUUGUUGGAAACAAAAUGUCCCUUUGUUUAUAUUUUUUCAACUAGUGGGAAUUUAUUUCACAACCUUUUGGGGUCAAAUCCCUCCUGACUGAUUGCAUUCCAAAAUCACUGAAUAUACUUUAAGACAGCUGCACUCCCAGCCCCUCUUCAAGCGGGGGAUGAUUUUAAUUUGACAUGUUUUACAUUUGUGAAUUCCAGUACAGCUUCAGAUUUAAAUGAAAACAAUGGAUUAAAGUACAAGGUAAAGGCUUUAUUAAAAAAAAUAGCCUUAGCAAUUUGAUAUUUACUAUCCGAUCAAAGCUGAAAGAAAAUCUGAAUUACAACAGAAAUGAAAUAUGUAUCGGGGAAUUCAGUGACAGGCAGCAUUGCGGAACCCAUCGAAUUGUGAUGUGUGUGUGUGUGUGUGUUUGGAGGGGAACACACAAAGCCUUUUUACCUGCAACGCAAUGCUCCUCUUGUUGUGAUUUCCUACCAAAGUAUGCAUGCAUAAUCAAAGACCCAAAAUUCUCCUCUUGUAAAAACCAAGCUCUCUGUGUGACAAGGAACUAUAGAUUCCCUCCAGUGGCUCCGACAAAAGGCCACACUGACCUUUCAAAAACAAAAGCUGUGUAAAGUAUUAGAAUCUGAUGCUGUAGAAAGAUCCUAGUUGCCUUUGUGUACAUCAACUGCCUGCUUGAGUAUUUUGUGUGUGGACAUUUUUCUCUGUAAUCUCGUAGAACUGUUUGGGGUGUUUUUUCCUGCCAUAUCGCUCGCGGUGACGGCGAGCCGCCGACGGUUAUAUUUGCUGUGUAUACCUUCAUUUUUGACGAGGUGUUUUACAGUUUUGUUUCACUUUUGUGUAGUGAUUCACUCUGUGGAGUUUUCUGACUGUUGUUAUAUAACUUCAUAUACACAAAUGAUCAAUAAAAAUGUUUUAUUUCCUGUUGAUACAGAAGCCAA